AUGGCCCCUGUUGAGACCGAAUACUACGAUUUGCUAGGAGUGCCUGUGGAUGCGGAUGAUACGGUGCUCAAGAAGGGGUAUCGAAAGCAGGCCAUGAAGUAUCAUCCAGACAAAAAUCCAUCGGCAGAUGCAGAGGAGAAAUUCAAGGAAAUCAGUAAAGCAUACCAAGUACUGUCGGAUCCGAAUCUUCGUGCGGUAUACGAUAAGAAUGGCAAGAAGAUGGUCGACAAAGAAGGACCUAUCAACAUGGACGAUGCUGCUGGAUUCUUCGCUAACGUGUUCGGCGGUGAACGAUUCCAUGAUUACAUUGGAGAGAUUUCGAUAAUGAAGGACAUGACAUCUGUGGCCACCACCAUGAUGACCGACGAAGAAAAGGCUGAGAUUGAGAAGCAGAUGAACAGUGGCAACCCCAACGUGACGGGGGCCUCCACGCCCUCUGUAUCUGGUGCAGCCAGCACAACGCCCCCAGGUGCAGCACCGACAGCACCACAUACCCCAAGCACAUUGAGUGCUGCGUCUACUGCUGCUCCCCUUGUGUCAGAGGUCCAUGCCGAUGGUUCAAUUCCAGCUGCAGCUACUCACCCCCCAUCAGCUCCAGUUGCCCCGCCUUCACCUACCACUGGAUCUCACAUCGUCCCACACGGAUCUUCCCCGCAAUCUACCCCAUCCGUUAAUUCCGCCACUGUAGACAAAGAGACGGAGAAAAGGGAAGCGGCGCGACGAAAGGCUGAACAGAGAGAAAAACUUAGGGAACACGAAAAGGCUAGACGGAAGGCAAUGGAAGCCCGCGUUGCGAUGCUGACGAAGAAAAUGAUUGAACGUAUUAGGCCGUUUGUCGAGGCCAAAGACCCUGGAGGCAAAGAUGACCCGGAGUCUACUGCAUUUGCGGAGAAAAUGAAGCGCGAGGUUGAGGACUUGAAGCUGGAGAGUUUUGGUGUCGAGCUUUUGCAUACAAUUGGAAGCGUGUACAUGAUGAAAGCUUCUUCCUUCAUGAAAUCGAAGAAAUUCUUGGGAAUCCCUGGAUUUUUCUCAAGACUCAAAGAAAAAGGUACUUUGGCUAAGGAUGUUUGGGGAGUUAUUGGUAGCGCAUUGAGUGUGCGUGAAUUGAUGCUGGAAAUGGAAAAGGCUCAAGCUAAGGGUGACGUCGGUGAGGAAGAAUUGAGAGCUUUGGAGAUGGACGUCACUGGCAAGAUCAUGCUUGCAUCUUGGAGAGGUGCCCGUUUGGAAGUUAUCCAAGUUCUCCGAGAAGUGAUAGACAACGUGCUGAAAGAACCCGGACAGCCUGAAGCUGUUCUUGUUAACAGAGCCAAGGCUUUGCUUAUCACUGGUGCUAUCUUCAAAUCUGCCGUACCCGACGAAUCUGACGAAGAGCGCCGAGAGCUUGAGAGGAUGGUGCACGAAGCUGCCCAACCUAAAGCGAAAAAAAGUGCCACGGCCGCAGCCAAAGCCCGUCGUGAAGAGAUGAUAAAACAGCAGCAAGCUGCGGCUGCGGCCGCCCAGGAGAAGCCUGCUGGCUCUACAAAGGCAUAG